AUGUCGAUUCAAACUGUCACCUCGCUCGACGGGCGAGUCAAGAUGCUCGAUGGGAACACCAUCCCGCAGUUCGGUCUCGGUGUAUACGAGAUGGACGAUGAGCAGACGUAUCAGGCGUGCAAGUGGGCUUUCGAGGCGGGGUACAAGCACGUUGAUACUGCCGAAUGGUAUGAGAACGAAGGACCCUCUGCUCGGGCCAUGCUGGACUACAUGGAAGAGAGCGACACCCCCCGCUCCUCCCUCUUCUUCACUUCCAAGCUCAAGACCAACCGCGGCUACGACGAGACUCUCCGUGACCUGCGGAACUCGCUCAAAGUCGCCGGGCUGGAGUACUUUGACUUGUACCUCAUGCACUCGGCUAUUGGGGGUCCGGAGAUGCGCAAGAACGUCUGGCGGGCGUGUGUGGAUGCGCAGAAAGAAGGACUCGUCAAGUCUAUCGGGGUCUCCAACUUUGGCGUCAAGCACAUCCAGGAGUUCGUCGACCAGGGUGUCCCCCUUCCUACCGUCAACCAGGUGGAUCUGCACCCGUUCAUGCGUCACCCGGACAUCGUCGAGAUCUGCCAAAAGCACAACAUUCUUCUUGAGGCCUGGGGACCGCUGGCUCGCGCUAUGCGAUUCGACCAUGCCUCGGUGCAGAAGAUCGCCAAAGCACACGGAAAGGAUCAGGCGCAAAUCAUGCUUCGAUGGGGCUUGCAGCACGGCACGAUCAUCAUCCCCAAGUCGGUCUCGCAGAAGCGUAUCAUCUCCAACUCGCAGAUCUUCGACUUUGAGCUGAGCAAGGAUGAGAUGGAUGAGCUGAAUGGGCUGGACGAGUACCUCGUGACGGACUGGGACGUUGUCGACUGCGAAUAA